AUGUUUCCCGCCAAGGUACCCCGCGUCUUUGUCGUCGCCAGCAUCAUCCUCUCCUUCCUCGUUACCUAUACCACCCUUCACCUCUAUCACCGGGUUCCCCCAUCCUACCCGGCCACAAAUUCCCAGGUUGCCUCCAUCGCAGAUGCGGUAACCCUGGGACAGCGCCCUGGCCCAGGCCACGGCAGCAACACCGCCCAGACCGCCACCACCACUGUCUUACCGACCGUAUUGGCCUCCCCCGCGCCUCGUCCCACCUCCGGAAAGGGGGAGCCCGAUCGGAAGCCAGGUGCUGGCGAGAAACCACCGACUCCGCCGGUCCUGCCCGGCUACUAUUCUAACGUAGCCGGAGGCACCUCUGAAGAAGAGCAGCAGAUGCCGUUGCCCGAUCCUAGGCAUUGCCCCGAGGACCUCCGGUUUCUUGUGCGCUCCAGCAUCGAUCUGGAGCUGACGGAGCGGGUACGCUACACCCGUCGCUAUAUCCAGCCGGUCUUUUCCAAAUCCACUAUUAGGGACGAUGUCGUAAACAUUACCGAGCCCCUCGUUAAGGGUGACGUCGAGGUUGAUUUGUACGACUGCAGCGAUGUCACCAUACCGACCUCGGCGCCGAUCAAGCUUCACGUCCCGAACCCCUAUCCGGACGCGGCCUUCGCACAUCUCGUCUUCGGCGUGGCCACCGACUUCCACCGCCUUAACGAUUCGAUCCGCCCAUUUUCUCACUGGAUGUCUGACACGGGCGCAAAGCUCGUCGCCGUUGUCACCGACGCGAAGGACAAGAAGGCCGAGGAGAUGGACAAGCUAGCUCGCGCCUUCGAGGUUGCCGGUAUCAACGCGACCCUGGUCAGGCCCAUCAACGACACGUUCACAACGUCCCAGAACCACUUCACCGUGCUCGUCAGCAUGCUCGAGCACGCCAGCCCCGAGGCCCAGUGGUUCGGCCUCCUCGACGACGACACGUUCUUCCCGAGCCUGAAGCCGCUCUCGGACAGCCUGGCCAAGCUGGAUCACGAAACCGACGCUUACGUCGGCGCCCUCUCAGAGGACUUUGCAGCUGUCCGGACAUUUGGCUUCAUGGCUUUCGGCGGUGCGGGCGCAUUCCUAUCGGCGCCGCUCGCGAGGAAGCUAGGCGACCAGGCGCUCAAGUGUAUCGACGAGGCGACCAGCAAGGAGGGCGACAUCAUCAUCCGCGACUGUGUCUAUACGAACUCGAAGGCGAAGCUGACCAUCCUACCCGGCCUCUACCAGCAGGACAUGCGGGAGGAUGUGAGCGGCUUCUUCGAAGCGGGUCUGAGGCCCCUGAACCUACACCAUUGGAAGAGCUGGUACAAGGAGCCGGUGGAAAAGAUGGCCGCGGCCGUCAAGUUGUGCGGGGACUGCUUCCUCCAGCGCUGGCGAUUCGGCACCGACACGGUAUUGUCCAACGGAUUCUCCAUCGUGAUGUAUCCGGACGGGCUUGACUCGGUCGACCUGCAGUCGAUGGAGGGCACGUGGAACAAGGCCGGCAAGGACUACGAUUUCAGCAUUGGCCCGUUGAGAAAGGCAUUACCCGCAGACAAGAAGAGGAGCUAUAAAUUGAGGGCCGCCGAGUUCGGCGAGAACGGGGAUUUCCAACAGUUAUACCUUAGGGUUGGCGACGCUGCCAGGGGGGAACUCGACGAGGUCGUCGAAUUGGUAUGGCGAAGGCAUUAA